AUGGGCCGCCACGACCGUAAGCAAUGGUAUGGCACAUCGCCGUCCUAUUGGCGUGGAGCGUGGUCCAACGAUCGCCAGAAGCAAAGAAGAGAGAAGCCGGAGGCGAAGGAAUCCACAAUUUUGGCCUCCUAUUUGGAUGCCAAGGUGGAGCCUGGGACAUCUGCGACAAAGCCAGUGGAGACAAAGAAUGCGCACGCUAUGGAGACGGGAGAAGGCGAUUUCCUGAAGAUCCUGCAGCGGCACAUCAAUGGUGCGAGAAAGGCGGAAACAAAAACCCGCAAGAUCUCGGAAGAAUUGGAGCUCAGACAUGCCAAAUGGCAGAAGUUCCAAUCGGAACUCAGAAUGGCAUUUCACAAGGAGAAGGAGAAAUUCGAUACCGACACGGCCCGACUUGGUGCAGAGCUGAAGGAGGCCCAGGCGGCAUCCGAGACAGCCAGUGCCUUCUUGAAGAACAUGAUGCAACAGGCCUUGCCGGAGAUGCAGUUGGAGGUGCCUACACCCAGACCUGCCGACACCAUGGACGAUGCUGCUUGGCAUGCUCUCAUUGCCUCCAAUGCGGACGAGGACGACGAAGCCGACGACCAGCAGGCCAGGGAGUACCUCCAGCGAGCUUUGGAGGCAGCCAGGGCCGAUGCACGUCAAGCACGAGAGCGCUUGAAGACAAGCCAGCAAAGGACAGCAGACCUCAAUGCCAGUGGUGGUCAUGGAACUGCCACGGAGACGAAGGUUUACCCUACAACAUCGCCGGUUGCCACAGACCCCUACUUGGCCUCGCCUUUGUCGACUGGUCCUUCGACCAUCUCGCCCACUGGGGGCACUCGGAGCAAGCCGGGACAUGCCCCUUUGGGAACACGGCAGUCGGUGAAGAGGUUGCCAACAAGGGGAACCUCACCGACGGCAGUUACAGGACCCACCUUGGCGGACAAGCUCUUGCAGCGCCGUGGCUUGGACCCCUCAGCAGCAUUGGGCAGUGCAGAUGCUGCCAACCCCGGCUUGAUGGCGAUGCCUCUGAGCGGCGCUAUCCUCUUGGACGACGACCCGGACCUCGAGACGGAUACCACACUAUGUUUCUCAGUCAUGGAGAUUGCAAAGAUGGCGACGUCUGACAGCACGCAAUGCAUCAUGCACUGGAAGUUGUUGGUCAUUGCCUAUAUGCGAAAGGAAGCUGUGGGAGCUGCCGUAAGUGCCUCAUCCCACGUUUUUCAUCUUGCUUGGUCCCUUUCGGGCUUGGACAAGCAGGUUCUCUUUUCUUCAACGGAUGCUUUUGACGUCACUGCUGAAACCGCUACACAGGGCGUUGAGUCAAUGGUGACUUCUCCACUCUUCGUCGACGGCGAGGAUCAUGUAUUUUUGCCAAUGGAGCUUGCGACAAAGGAAGGCAGAGUUACGGCCACUCGUGCCAUGCCUCAUGCUUCUAGAUGGUCACUGUCCCUUUCGGCCUUGGACAGGCAACCAGCUACAAGCCGUUUGGCCACUCCACUCGGGGGGCAAUAUGAGCCAUGUUAUAAGUACAUGCGUGACAAGAUGACACAUUGGAGAUUGCUGCUGGUCAAAGGCAGCGACUCUCCUGACAACCAGGACGAUGCGAUCGCCGCGAAACAGCUCCAGUCCCUGUCGGCCUUGGACAGGAGCCUUGCAACCCAAAAGCAAAUCGACCCUGAGUACCUCAUGCCCGGGGUUCCUCUUCACGAGACCUUUGACUUCCCGCACUUUGCUAGGCCGUGUGACUCCAUCGUUGUCGAGUGCCCGCUCCACGACGACCAUGACCAUGUGCAAGCGACCUGGCCCAUCCCUCUCGAUGACCUGGAGCUGCGCUACAUGCUCGUUGGGGCUGCGCUCUCAUGGUUGGCCCUUCUAUGGGCAGCUUUGACGCAGGCCUUGUUCUUCGCUGUCCCUUUGCGAGGCGGUGACAGAAAUGUUGACAACCUCAUCCGCGGAGCGAGACGGGUGACGGGAAGGCAUUUGAGUAUCCUGGUCGCCCUGGCUGCCUUUUCACCUUCACAAGCGGCUGGCACCUAUACCAGUGAUGCAACUGUGAGGCAUGGUGAUGCUACAUCUGGCUGGGCUUGGGGACCGCCGCCUUCUGCGGCGUCACGCAACUCUGCGGAGGCGCCGGAACUCACAGCCUCGAGACCGGACUUUCUGCUUGAGCUGCCCCUUGAUGACACCGCCCAGCUGGUCAUCGGAGCCAUCGAGGACAUGCUGACCUCUCCAGAAGCGCAAACUGAAACGGUGGGCCCACUCCCCUUUCAGGGACUGGUCCCCUUUCAGAUACUUCGACAUGGAAGACAACCCAUACAUGUGGCUUUGGAGGUGACCGCAGAGCACGACCUCCUCACGAUUGGGCUAUCAUUGCGUGCUGAGCUUCUAGGGCAGCUAAAUGGCGAUGUCGUACCGGUCAUUCCGCAGCCAAAUGACGGCUAUGCAACCUGGCUGGAGAUACCAAACUGGGUGCCGGCCUCGAACUAUGAGCUGGUCGUCGUAGACGGGCGCCCAGUUGGCUGGCCCCUGGCUCCGAUAUACAUCAGCGACGGGGAAACCGUCGCUAGGCACAUCAUCGAGCAGUAUGUGAACCACGGGGCCCCUGACGACAUGGCGGUCUUUGUGGGCGGCACGAAUCUUCCCUUGAUUGACGACGACCAGAUUCCCAGCUACCCGGGUUUGCUUCUGCAGCUGUCAGUUGCGCCAGAGGUACAAUGGGAGCCAACCAUGAUACCGAGACUGCGUCAGCUCAUGCGUUGCGGACAGAAUCUUGGCCAUCUCCGGCCGGGACUCUUCGUCCCUGAUAGAGGCCCGUGUGACCGAAGCUACAUUUUCGUCCUUUACACCCAUGGCGUUGACUUUCUUCAGUGGCACCCUGGACAGACUGAAGAGCACCUUAGGGCAAUUGGGGCCGAAGCUUUGGGCAUGCCAGCAGAGCGCAUUGAUAUCCUUCACCCACAGCAACUGCCUGAUGAUGUGGCGUUUAUGGGGCGACGUAUAGUCCAGACAGUCGCUAUCCACCGGCGAGAUCCACAUCACUGCUUUGUGCUGACUGACGGAAGAGGAGCCGGGCUGCACCUGCGCCUGGAAGGCCUGGAAGAGCAACAGGCUGCGGCGCAACGCUUGAUCGAGCACAAUUCCCUCAUUCCACCGCAGGGCUGGCAUGCAGAGGUCAGAACUGAACGUGGACACUUUGAGGUUGAUGAUAUUCUUCCCGUCAGAGAAGGAGAUGUGCUCAGACUUCUUUUCCGAAAGGAUGAGGACCGCCUUUGGAGGCACUUCCCCAAUGACACCCACGACUCUGGCACUAAUAUGGGCGACGAGGAUAGCGACGCUUCAAGGAGCCGUACCCCCCUACCCCGAGGCAGGGGCAACAAUGUCGACAAGGCUGAGGAGCGGGACAAGCAGCGCCAAAUCCCAACGCUUACACCUUGGCAUCGGUUGCUGGGCGAAGCUGGGAGCGAGAGACCGCUCAUCACCGUGUUGGAGGAGGGUAGGAGUUUCUUCCUUCAUCAGUGCGAGCAGCUCGUUGAUUGGAUUUCCAGCCGGGCCCACUCAGAACCAGCCGUGGUGAUCCGUUGCUUGACCCUGAUGGACAAGGUUGGGCCGGCCAACUUUGACAUAUCGGGUCAGCCUGGUAUCCCACUGGUCAACAAACCCCACCUCCGGGAACUCCUGAGACCCUGGCUCACCCCGUGGUUCGAGGCACCCCUCCACAAUAUUGACCUCCAUCCGGCAACGUCUGCAGCUACCGCUUCCUUAUGCUGGCCUGCUGAUAUUCUUCAGCGCUGCAGACAGUGCAUGGAGAUCUACACCGACGGGUCCUACAGCGAUGCACAUGGAUGUGGCUGGGCUGCAGCGGCAUUACUUGUUGACAAGGACACCGGCGAGCAGGCCAUACCGGGUGCCAUCGGCGGGCAGGUCACCUCUGACCCGACGCACCCACACUAUUUAGGAGCGCUGUCGAGUGAUGCUGGCACGGCUGAGAGGCUGACCCCCUGUCAAAAUGCCUGCGUGGUACCUUUCUCUUCCUGGAAGCCCUCCGUGGCAAGGGUCGCCUACCAGCAUAUCAAAUCCCACACUGGCCAUCCUUGGAACGAAUAUGCUGACACUCUUGCUGGCCUUGCUGCAAAGGGCUGCAACCUUCUAGCUGCCCCACCAAGCAAUGUGGCCUCCAAGCUGCUGGAGGGUGGCAUUCAGUGGUUCUGGGCCGCGGUCGACAAAGAUGCUGCAGUGGCCUUUCCCUUGGACAACGAGGGCUGCUUGCAAUGGAAUGAUGACUGUUGGCUUCAUCAGGAACCGGAGCUUGAGCCAAAGGACCUGAUCCCGACCAGACCCCUUCUCUCGAACAGAUUUGCACAGGGCCCUUCUCAUAUGAGGUGUAUAUCGGCCAACGCCCAGGGGCUGGCCGGCAAAUACCGGUAUUUGGAAGAGCAGCUGCAGUCUGGCUACAAUGUGGCUAUGUUCCAGGAGGCUAAGGGUCACACUGGCCUCACGGAAUCAGGAGCCUUUCUCAGAUAUGCCUCAGAAUCUGGAGGUAUAUGGGGUUGUGAAAUAUGGGUCAACAAAAUGCUCGGACUUGGCACCACUUCUCACAGACCCAUACCAGUCUCUCCUGUUGACAUCAGUGUGAUUCUGGAUGCACCGCGCAUAUUGGCACUGACCAUUAAUGGCCCAACUACUCGGAUCCUCCUCGUCUCAGCACACUGUCCCCACAAACAAAGGCCACCCAGCGAGCGGGACGGCUUCUUCAAACAUUUGGACUCCAUUUCGCCUGCUUUUUCUGACUAUGCCUUAGUGGUAAUUGGCAUCGACCUCAAUGGACGAAUGCCAACCAACUAUGAAAAUGUGACGGGCAGCAAUGCUGAGGACAUACCCGAUGAGCUGGGUGCUCAAUUUGCGGCUUGGCUUGCCUCCCAGGCCCUGGUCGUCCCUUCCACCUUCGAGGCCACACAUGUUGGCAGAAACCACACCUGGCAACAUACGACGGGAGCUACGAGCCGCAUCGACUACCUCUGUGUUGGAGGAUAUGGCAGAGCCUGUGCUGAUGCUUCAUGGGUCGACCUCCAAGUCGACCUCGCCAAUCGACAGGAGGACCACUCCCCGGUUGCUCUCUCAAUAUUCUGGCAUCAGGACAAAGCAGGCCCUCCAACUGCCAUUCGGAGGAAACGAUUUGACAGAGCCAAAAUGAUGAGCAACGAAGGACGCCGCAUCCUCAAGACAGCGCUGCAAAACAUACCGCCCAUUGACUGGGCUUCGCAUCCGGAUGCCCACUGCCGACAAGUUGAACAAUGUGUUCAAGAGAUUCUUGACGACAACUUCAUCGCUCCGGUCAAUGGGCCUAGGUCGGAAUACAUUCAGCCCCGGACCUGGGAACUUCGGCAAAGCAGACUCGCCCUAAAGAGACGAGUUGCGAUGACGCCUGCUGAACGACAGUGGAUCAGUGUGCAAGCGGCCCUGCAAUGGUGGACGCGGGGAAACAAAUGCCUCUUGCAAUGGUGGCAGAAGAGAUCGCUUCUCUAUGACGUUUUCGCAGCUGCUCUGUCCUUUUCCGGUUCCAAGCUGAAAGCGGCCCUCCGGGCGGAUAAAAACAGCUAUCUUGCCCGUCUGGCGCAACCAAAUGGCAGCGGCAACGCUGCCAAUGUUCUGGCGGCCUUGAAAAGAGCGGGUAUAGGCAAGCGCAACAGAGGGGCUUUCGGGCGACCUCUGCCAUCCUUGGCCGACCCUGCGGACAAAGGUCGAACCCAGCGAGAAGUCUUGGACGAUAUCUGGACUGGUCACUUCGGGGCGCAGGAGCAUGGAGAGGCGACGCCAACCGAAGUUUUCUUGCAGGAGGCUGCAAUCUUCCGACUCCCACACGUGGACUAUGAGCUCGACUAUGACCUCAUCCCUGACCUGACAGAGGUUGAGGAGCUCUGUCGAGGGGUUGCGGCUGGCAAGGCAAGCGGCAUCGACAACGUCCCAGCUGAGCUCUUCAGGGCUGCCCCGCAGGAGGCUGCACGUUUAUACCAGCCACUGUAUGCCAAGUCCAUUCUGGCUUGCACGCAACCUGUGCAAUGGCGUGGCGGGCUGCUGCAGGAGGCGUUCAAAGGUUCAGGGCUCCCCUCUGCCCUGGACUCAUAUCGAUCCCUUUUCAUAUCAUCCAUUCCAGGCAAAAUCCUACACAAACACUUGAGGUCGAGGAUGGGAGAUUUGCUUGAGAAACAACUGGGGCCGCUCCAUUGCGGGGCACGGCCCGGAGCGCCAGUGACACUCGCGGCUGCCUCUAUUGCCUUUCUGCAGCGUAUCUGCCAGCAGAAGCAAUGGUCCAUGGCUUGCCUAUUUCUGGACGCCCGUGCUGCUUACUACAAAGUCCUGCGAGAAGUCGCUAUGGGUCAGCUCAACUCCGAUGCUUGGACUGUCAAGGUCUUCCAACACUUUGGGCUGCCGCCAGAAGCCCUGGGUGACUUGACGCAGACUGUCCAACAGGGAGGCAUGCUGGCAGAUGGACAGAUGUCAGGGCAUCUUCGGCGACUGGUGCAAGACAUGUAUGUGCAAUCCUGGUUCGUCACACCGUAUGGUUCUGGAGCUCGCAUAUGCCGAACACACACCGGAUCACGCCCUGGAGAGACAUGGGCAGAUGUGGUUUUCGCCUUUGUAAUGCACAGAAUCCUUUGCCGUGUGCGGGAGGCACUUGAUGCGGAAGGGGCACUUUUCCGGCUAUCGCACGAUGGAAAUGCGUCGCCCUGGCCGGAGCAAGAAGCCAGUGGCGAGGCUGAGUUCUUGUCCGCGGUGUGGGCGGACGACGCGGCCUUUCCCAUGGCAGACAACGAUGCUGAGGCCACCAUUCGCCGAGCGCGAGCUGUUGUCGGAACUGUGCUUACAGUGUGCCGGCACCACGGCAUCGAAGCAAACCUGAAGCCGGGCAAGACUUCGCUCCUUGUCAAGUUGCGAGGCCGAGGCUCCCAGCGAGCGGCGCGGGAAGCCUUCCCGAGCAAAGCCUCGCACCUGGAAGAGCUGGACUUGCCACGCACUUUUUCAAUAUACAUGGCAGGACUGCAGGAUACAGAGAGGUUGCCAAGGGUUCCAUUUGUCGUGGUUGCGAGACGGACUUUCACAGCUACUGCCGACUCUUGGUGCACCUCCGCUCUGCUACGUCAUGUGUGGAUAAGCUGCAAGCAGCCGGGCGAACAGUUGAACGUCCUGAACCAGGCUUUGGCAGCAAGGAAUGGCGACGGCGACAACAACAUGAAUUCCAUGCAGCUCCUCCAAGAGCUGCAGAGCCAGAAGAGCUACAGGGGCCUGCUCCACCUCGACGAUGCCGAGAUCCACAACAACGGCCACGACUUCAUGAUCAAGCUCCUGUCCAAGUACCCGCUCUACCCGGAAGAGUGCUUUCAUGUGGUCAACGCUCUGGCCGCUCAGCUACGUACAGAUGCAGAAGUCACUGAGGCUCUGCGAUGGUCUGAGGGGCUCAAGUCCUGGGUGGUUUCCACACUCAGUACCUUUGAAAGAAGCUUCGUUGGCUUCUCGAUGAAGGAGACACCGGAGAUGGAGGCUGAGGGCUUGCAAGCCUUCCGAACCCCAUAUGCAUGGGACAAGCUCCUUGAACAUGUGCAGUUACAUAGGCCUAUCCAGGAGACCCGUUUCCUCAGCAGCGCCUUCGGCGCACCUUUUGCGGCUGCUGUGCAGUACGGCUCUGAAACGGCGCUGCCUUGUGAUUCAGACUUCAGACCUAUGGAGGCCUUGGCCAACAAGGGGAGACGGGCGUGA